AUGCUCAGAGCUCAUCGCUCAGCUUCCGAAGCCGAUAUUGAGCUCGAGGUAGUUCCGCCCCGUGGAUUUAGCAGGCUCUUAGCCCGACUCUUUGGAGUGUUUCCCCGCGAGCGAAAGCCUGAGCCCACACGAUCAAGGAGGGACCCAGGGCUGAAAUCAACCAAGAAACGUGGGAAUCAACCCAAAAAUUCGCACAGGAAAUCAACCAAGAAACGUGGGAAUCAACCCAAAAAUUCGCACAGGAAAUCAACCAAGAAACUUGGGAAUCAACCCAAAAAUUCGCACAGGAAAUCAACCAAGAAACUUGGGAAUCAACCCAAAAAUUCGCACAGGAAAUCAACCAAGAAACUUGGGAAUCAACCCAAAAAUUCGCACAGGAAAUCAACCAAGAAACGUGGGAAUCAACCCAAAAAUUCGCACAGGAAAUCAACCAAGAAACUUGGGAAUCAACCCAAAAAUUCGCACAGGAAAUCAACCAAGAAACUUGGGAAUCAACCCAAAAAUUAUCAUAGGAAAUCAACCAAGAAACUUGGGAAUCAACCCAAAAAUUCGCACAGGAAAUCAACCAAGAAACUUGGGAAUCAACCCAAAAAUUCGCACAGGAAAUCAACCAAGAAACUUGGGAAUCAACCCAAAAAUUCGCACAGGAAAUCAACCAAGAAACGUGGGAAUCAACCCAAAAAUUCGCACAGGAAAUCAACCAAGAAACGUGGGAAUCAACCCAAAAUUCGCACAGGAAAUCAACCAAGAAACGUGGGAAUCAACCCAAAAAUUCGCACAGGAAAUCAACCAAGAAACGUGGGAAUCAACCCAAAAAUUCGCACAGGAAAUCAACCAAGAAACGAAAUCAGCCAAGAAAUGAAAAAGAAACAGGAAUCAAACAACCAUGAAACCAACGAACAGACCGAGAAAUCAAGGAACCGAGAAAUCAACCAAGAAACCAGGAAUCAAGAAACCAGCCAAGGAAUCAACCAGAAUGGAGAGAGAAGGCUUAAGUUAAAACUGCGUUUGAAGAAUUCAGAAACCACAGGAGUGACUUUCCGUGUGUUUGACUAA